AUGAAGAGAACUACAUUCUAUCAUAUUCUUAAUUUGAUAUUUAAUGACAUCAAUCCUAAAACUACUAACUGCAAUAAGCAAGUCGAUGCAGAGGAUAGGCUAUUCCUCACCUUAAGAUAUUUGAUAACUGGUAUGUCAUUUUCACAACUAUCAUACAGUUCAAGGAUAUCAAAAUCAUGUGUUGCAUAUAUAGUUAUAUCAGUAUGCAGGGCAAUUUGGAAUGCAGCAAAAGAUAUUUACAUGCCAAAACCUUCAAGAAAGGAUUGGGAAAGAAUUUCACAAGAUUUCCUGCUUCAUUCAGGGUUUCCCAAUUGUUUUGGUGCCUUGGAUGGAAAACAUAUCUAUAUAAAAUGUCCUCCAAAUAGUGGAUCUCAAUAUUUUUGUUAUAAACAUAGAUUUACUUUAGUUUUGUUAGCCUUAACAGACAUAAAUAGAAAAUUCCUAUAUAUUGAUGUUGGGGCCUAUGGAAAGCAGAGUGAUGGGGGAGUGUUUAAAAAUAGCUCCCUGUAUAGAGAAAUUGUUAACCAGACUCUUGAUCUACCACCUGCCAAACCUUUUCCUGGCCUUAGUGAAAAUAUGCCUUAUGUAAUGGUAGCAGACGACGCUUUUCCACUGUCACAUUAUUUGAUGAAACCCUAUCCUAUAAAAGGUCUAUCUAUAGAGGAAAGGAAUUUAAUAUGA